UGGGCGGUUCUGCGACUGCGACUGACAUCGUGGGAGUAGAUUGCAAAUUGAGGGGCCGGUAAGAUGUAUCUAGCUCGGCUACCAGUUGGCUCUGAUUCGGUGGCCGAACCCCUUAUCGUACUUUCAUUGCUUAUUUCGAUGCGAACCGAAGCCGGCAAAAGUGGCACGAAACGAGGCACGAAGGGUUCAAUCUGAUGAUUAUUCGGCGGGUUUUGAGGGGAUGUGAGAUCGAUAGAUUGCAAAAUGUUCGCAUCUGGCGGUCUGUAUGUCAGAUCUUACCCGGUCAGCGUCCUCAGCGUGCUCAGCUAUUCUGCAGUACAGGUUGUUGAUGCCGCGCAUUCUUUUCAACGAGGCUGCUGCUGGUCCAGCAAGCAGAUCCCGCUGUGCUUAUUGCGGUCAAGCCUGGAUUUAGGUUGUCCGUCGGUCUUGUUGAGCUCAAUCGUUGGUCUCGCUUGGGCAUUCAAUGCCUCGGGGUGAAGAAAAUUGAUGGGGAAGCCCGACGAGAGCUAGGACACACGUGCUCGAGACAUCGCAUCAAGAGGA